UCACUUCUUUGUCAUGUCUGAUAGAGAAACUUAUCUUAACUUGGCAACAUUCAGUUCAACUGGGGGGGUAAAAUGGCUUCGACUCCUGAGCAAGUGGUGUGCACCCCAACCUUUGUUUUCCCCGCUGCAUUUCCAGGAUUUGAUCCUCGUGCACACUUAGCAAAUUUUCACCCUGUAGGACCUACUGCAACUCCUACUCAGAUACAAUUUACCGAAGAACCUGGAAAGCAUAAAAAUCUUUCUAGAGUAACUAGUAUUAAAGUUGAAGCCUCAGCUCUCACACCAGAUCUUGCUGCUUGUAGAAAUCUUUUAGUAGCUGCUGCCUCUAGUACAGCAGCAUUUCCAGGCAUAGAUCCAAACAAACUUCCACCUCCUCCUCCACCUAUUCCACAGGAGAAACAAAAUGAUGAAAAAGAAAAGUUAUGGCCUUGUCCCUCCUGCAAGGUACCAUUCAAAGCAGCAUCUGAGCUUCAGGUGCAUCUAUCUGCGCACACAAAAACUGAAAAAACAGUUCCAUGUGAUAUGUGUGGUAAACUAUUUGCCACUAGUGAACGAGUAAGAAUCCAUGUACGAUCUGCACAUGGUGAAAAAUCCUGUGCUUGUGAUAUAUGUGGUAGUGGAUUCAGCUAUCGUUGUAAGUUGCUAGAUCAUAUGAGGACGCAUACUGGGGAUAAACCAUUUCAUUGUGAAGUAUGUGGAAGAAGUUUCUCGCAGAAGAAUCAUCUUACACGACAUUCCAUGAUUCAUACUGGAGAGCGACCUUAUCCCUGUGACUUCUGUGGCCGUGGUUUUUAUAGGAAGGAUAAACUUACUCGUCACAGGCGAAUACAUACAGGAGAAAAACCAUAUGCUUGCCUUGCAUGUGGGAAGGCAUUUUAUCGAAGAGAUAAAUUGACUCGUCAUAUAAAGAUGCACAGUGGAGAGAAGCCUUUUGCUUGUCCUAUUUGUGGCAAACGUUUUGUAGAAGACAGAGAUUUAAAGCGACAUAAGUGUUCUUCCCGCCAUGCACAGAAUGCAGCCAAUAAUGCAGUUAAGAUGCAAGCUGCCCAGACAAGUACAGGUUUGUUACAGUUGCAGCAACUACAUUACCAGCUAUCCCAACAUCACCUCCAAACUCAUUCUGGGCCUCAUCAAAAUCAUUCUGGGCCACAGCAUCAGCAAGCUCAUACUCAAACAACGCAUCAGCAAGCCCAUACACAAACAACACACCAGCAAGCUCAUACGCAAACCACACAUCAGCAAGCCCAUACACAGACUACACUUCAGCAAGCCCAUACGCAAACAUCUCACCAAUCACAUUCCCAGGCACAGCAUCAACAAUCCCAUAGUCAGAAUCCUCAUCCUCAACAAAACCAUUCCCAGCCAACAUCUGAGCAUCAAAACCAAAAUCCAUCUCAAGGCCCUCAAUCACAUGUACAACAACAGCCUCCACCACAGCAACAUGUGCAGCAGCCUCAAACCCAUGGACAACAGCAGCAGCAACAACAACAGCAAGCACCUCAUUUACAGCCACCGCCCCAACAACAACAGCAGCAACCAUCAGGUGGUCCACAGCAACCACAAAGCCAGAAUUCACAGCCUCCAACUCCACAGUCGCAACAUCCGAAUCAAAUUCAGCAGAAUCAACAACAGCAACCACCAUCUCAACCACAGCCCCAACAGUCAUCUCAACAUCAAUCUCAAGUUAUGCCUCCUCAUCACCAGCAGCAACCUCAACAGCAGGUUCCUCAUCAACAACAGAAUCCACCUCAGCACCCUCAACAUCAACCUCCUCAAACCCAUCAUCAAAUGCAACACCAAAAUAGACAUUUACCUCAUCAACAAUCCCCGUCUCCACCUCAAAUCACACAUCAGUCACCUCAUCCUUCUCAGCAACCGCAACAACAGCAUCCUCAACCAGGUCCUCAUUCCCAGCAUCAGCAGCCUCCACAUCAUGGACCUCCACCUCCGAUUGUUCCACCCCACCCUUUCCAAGCAUUAAACCUGCAAACCUGACUGGCGGGGUGCACCAUAUGGGGUGCACUUAACAAGCUUUCUACAUUUAAUGGUCAACAUUGACAAUGGCAAAAUUAAUAUGCCAUUAUCAUAAACAAACUUAUCAGGUUUUUGCAUGGUUAUUGCUUAACACUGAUUGCAUCUUUGACAUGUUGAGUCAUUUCUGUGACUUGAAAUUUGACCAUGUGAGAUUAUUUUGCCAUGAUUUGAUUAAGAAUUUGUCAUUUCAACAUGAUGUGAUUGAUUUUUGACUCUUGGACAGAAUGAAUGCUUUCGUUAUGUUUUAGCUGCAGGGUUCAGCUUGUGUGCAGCAUUAGCUUUUUUCUAUGUUAUUAUUUUAUUCACAAAGUAUUCACUACUUAUUCAUGUUUAAUUUUUCGAAUGAUUUAUUUUUUCUAAUGUGCUAAUUAUGUUAAAAAUUAAUAUUGCUGAAACUUUUUGUCAUAUUUUAAGUGUUGUAGAGUGUUUAUUAGUUUAAUGCAGGGGGCAAUCUAGGAAGAAAUAAGGUCUAAUUGAGGAUUCAUAAUAAAAGUCCAAGCGUGAAAAAAUAUUCUUUACAAAAUUCCUUUACUACUUAAUGUGAUCUUUUUUUGGAGAAAGUUCUUAACUUCAACCCAUUUUUCUAUUAUGUAUGAUAUUCCAUUUUCAUUCAACACAAAAAUUAAUUUUCAUUUUUAUGAAAAUGUGAAUUUUUGUGUUAAUUAUUGACAUUAUUCGAAAAGGGAUUAGAGAAACUUGCUAAGAAAAAUGAUUUUUCUAGAAACCAAGGAAAGACUCUGAUAUUUAAAUGUUCAUCUAAGUUUUCUAUAAAUGUGUGAAAUUUAAAAAUAAAUACUUCUUUAAAAUGGAUCAUUUAGUUUUUGACAUUUUGUAUGUAAUAUUUACAAAAUUUCGUAUUGUUUUUAGCGAAACUUUAUUCACAAAAUUCCGAAGUAAAAAUUCCUGGAUUGUGCCUUAAUACGAUUUGUUAUUUAUGACUGAUGAAAAUAAAUUUCACUAUCAUAUAAUACUUUGAGUUCUAGACUUACUACAAUUACCUUUUGAUAAUGAAUUUCUUUACACUUCUCUAUGUUUCUUGUGAUUAAUUUUGUUUUUAUCUCAUAUUAAUUUUGAAUGUAUUUGUCUAUGAUCAAUAAUUCUUGGGAGAGGGGCCAUAUAUAUAUAUUAUCUAAGAAAAAGUGUCUUUGAUGAUUGAACGACUUACCAAAUUAUGGUUUGCUUGUGGUUAAUAAUGCAUAUUCUAUUGCAAUAUUUGAAAUUUUAUAUAUUGUAUUGUUAGUUAAGCAAAAGUUAUAUAUUACAUGUGAUGUUUGUUCUGUUUUAGUUUUAUUAUUUUUUUCCCUUUGUUUUUUUUUUAUUUUUUUAAUAUGAAACAAAUUGAUGUGAUAAGUCCUUCAUGAUAAAUAUUAAUAACUAAGAUGGGAUGGAAUAUUAAAAUAUCUUAAUUUUUAAAAUUGAUGUUUAUCUGUAAUGUUGUAUACAGGAGGCUAAAAUUGGUUUAAAAAGAAAUAUUAAUUUUGUAUUUCUGGUUUUUCUUAUUUCGUAUAGUGCCAAUGUUCGCUUGCUAGUUCAGCUAAAAGAGGAUAAUUAGAUAAGCUGUUUAAUUGGGUGAUCUAGUCAAAAGACUCGGUUGCCAAAUGUUUUAGUUCGCUCUGCUUUUUUGUCUAUUUUAUGAAUUUUUUUUUUUGUGUCACUUUUACUAAAUUGAACAUUUUAGCGCAGAAAUUUAUACAUAUAAUGUAAUUGUAUGAAGGAAACUAUAAUUUAGUCAUGAAUAUUAAAAAUGAAUUUGUUUUUCUAUUAAUUCCAUGCCAGUUUUGUAGUGUAUGUAUAAAAUUGAUAUGUUUUUUUUUUUUUUAAAUAGAGAAAAUUUGAUUUCAAACCCCUUAAAAAAAUUAAUUAUUGGUUGCAUCAUUUAGUUUAUUACAAUUUGUAAAUACUCAAUUACUUUGAACAGAAUUUAGUAAAUUGAGUUGUAACGAUAAAAGUGCCUAAAUCAAAUAGCUGUUCCAUUUGAAUUAUCUAAUUAAUUUUCUGUUCUUUUUCUUAAUUUACCAUUAGUUAUGUAACUAGAUUUUCAGUUUCAAGUUAAAAAUUGUUCAUCACAUUUGUAAUUAACCAUUCACAAAAACUUUUUUUAUAAGAUUUAAAAAAUAUUUUUUCAUUCCUUGCAGCAAUUUUUAAAUUUCUGUAUUUCUAAGUGCAAUUGGAUUAUUCUACAAGUUUCCAGUUACUUAAUUUUAAAAGGAAAUCUUGCUUUUGUUUAUUUAAAUUGAAGUUUUUUUUCUCUUCCCAAUACUUUUAUUUCUUAAAGGCAGAAAAUUGUUGUGGAGUAUCGUUGUUCUAUAUUUGUUUAUUAUGUUGUACUAUGUAUAAAGUGUAUAUUUUAACUCUUGUUGUUUUGGGUUUGGUUGACUAUUAUCAAAUGAAAUGUGCCAUUUUUGCUUCAUGCUGAUAGGUGAUGGUAAAGCUGUUAAUUAGUUUUAUACAGUUAAUUAUGAUAUGUCAUUAUUUGUAGUUCAUUUUCCUCUCAGUUUUUGUUCUUUAUAGUUCUAAUUAAAUGAAUUUUUCAUAGAUUUCUUUUAUUAAAAACUAGUUGAUUUUGUAAUUAUUAAACUGAUAACCUAUUAUGAUAGAAAGGCUUUUAAUUAAUUUUAUAGUUGGUUGUAAGUAAAUACAACUUUUAUUUUCUCACUUUUUGUAUUUUUUAAGUUAAUUUAAAGAUCAUUAAUUGCUAACAUUUUCUAUUACUUUAUUAUUUGUUUUGUUAAAAAUUUUGUAUUGAUCAUUUUUGAAACGAAGGAGACUAAAGUUGAUUAUUAUAUAACCCAUUUUCAUUUUAGAUGGACAUGAAAAUUUCUAGUGUUAGUUGUUUUAUUUUAUGGUUAUAAUGAUAUUUCAUACCAUCGACAAAAACUUAGUCAUCAAUACAGGCCUAACCGAGAAAAAGAUUAUGGAAAUGCUGAAAUGAAUUUUAUUAAAUAAAACUUUUUGCAAUGUAGCAAUAACUUUUUCAUUGCCUAAUAAAAAAUUUUAGUGUGUUCGAAUUUAAUAAUUUUUAACACUUUAUUGACACUUGUAGUUUUGAUAAGCUUAGUUUAAUUUGAGAAUAUAUAUGCAUUCUCAAAAUGAAUACUCUUUUUUUUUGUUGUUUUUCCUGAGUAUUUUAUUAUGAACAAUAUUUUAUAUCAAUUUUAAAUUAUCUUUUAUCGUAGUUUUUAUCUAUUAUUUCUGCAACUUAAAAUUUUCUUAUUCGUUUUUCAAUUAUUGUGUUUGUGUCUAUACUAAUUAAUUAACUUUGUUCUGUAAAGUUAAAACGUCUAGUUUAUCGACUAAAAGGAGCCGUUGAAUGCAAUUAAUUUUGUACUUUUAGAUCUUCUCCUGCCAUUUGUAUUUUUGUGAUCAAAGCAUUCCUAUCAUUUGAAUUGAGAAUUUCAUUUGUUAAGUUUUCUGAUUAAAGAAGAAUUUUUUUUUUAAAUAGAAAUCAUACCAUAAAGAUGUGAUUUGUGCCAUAUGUUGUAGAAUAAUUUGUUAUAUUUUAAGUCUGAAAUUCGCUAAUGUUUUUUAACAGGUACUAAGACUUCUAUGAAUAAAACAAUACUUGCAGGUGCUGUUUUCACAACCAAAUCCCAACCCUCUUUGUACUUGAUUUUUAAUUUCCAAAGAUCAAAAGUUAAAUAAUUUAAAGUAUGGUGAAUUUUUUUAAUAAAAAAAUUUACAUCUAUUUAUAUUAAAGACGCCAAUCAAAAAGCUUCCCUUUUAUACAAUCCACUUUUGAUUAACCAGUUAUGCAGAUUUCUCUUGUCUCCUUAAUUGCUUUUUUUGUUUUUGUUUCAUGAAAUGCUAAACUCCAUGCUGUUCUUUGUCCAACAUGAAUUGUUUAAAGAAUUUAAGCAACUGAGUUAAAUGAUUAUCGUAUGGGGAUAAAUUACUGUAUGGAGGGGGCUUGAAUGUCUCCCAUUUCAGUGAUCAUAUUUUGUGAAAUGUGGUGAUGUGUGUUAUGAAACAGAAUUGUGCCAUUUUCACAUCGCUGGUUGUUAAAUUGCACAUCAUAAUCUCUAUCCUUUUAAGAGUAGUAAAUGUCUACUGUUUUUGUUCUUCAGAAAAAAGAAUAAUAUGUUGAUCUAUUUGGAUUCAUUUGGUUAUAGAGUCAGCAUUGAAAACACUUCAGCAUUUUCAAUUGUAAAUAAGCGAGUGCCACACUAAUCAUAUUACUAAUCAUUUGCGUAUAUACCUUGCAGCAAUGCCCUUAAACAAAAACUCUGAUUGCUCCUUCUAUUAAAAUUACUCUUGCAUUUUCUUAUUAGGAUUAUCGGUUAGAUAUAAAAUUGAAGAUUGUAAAAAUUAUUUUACAGCUUUCAAACUGUAAUUUGAAAUAAUGGACUUUUGUCAUGGUUUUAUUUGCAAGUGAUUAAAUUCAAGUAGAGUAACAUAAACUUGAGUAACAUAUUUUAGGUCUUGCAUCUGUAGCAUGUAGUUACUAACAUUAAUCUGGAAGUUACUGGGUUCAUCAAUAAUGGGAUAGACUGGUUUGUUUAAUUACAGCUGUUGUAUUUGGAACUUAACUCUUUCCAAACUAAGCUAUGAUAAAACUAAACUGGUGAUAUCUGUUUUAAGUGUCUGAUUUGUGGCAUUCCUAGAUUUUUUUUUCUAUUGAUUUUUUCCCCCAUGGUAGUCAAAAUACCAUACUGUAAGAAUUAUUCAUAGCAUUUUAUAAAUGAAAAUAUAUUUAAAGUAAUAGUGCUUUAUUUGUAAAUCUGUACCAGACCUGUUAAUUAUGUUUUUAUUAUGGACAGUGCCUGCUAGGGAACAUUCUUAAAAUUAUUUGAUAAUCUGAUCCUUUAUUUUUGUUUGUCUAUUCUACAAACUCUCUGUUUAGUGCAUGUGUUUUGACUUAAAUUUGAUAUGUUGUGUUCAUGCGUGCACAAUGCUUUUCUCCAGUGUCACUUUUGAAAUUUUAUUCAUGGCUUAAUUGUAAUAUGAUUUUCCCAAUCCUACAAGGAACAUUUUCUGUUUGUUGCAUGGGAUAUUUAAACUGAUUUGAAUACAUUUGGUGUGCUGAAAGUUUUAGAAUACCUCUUUAAAAUUAAGCAACUUUUCACACACUAUGAAAGAUUAAACAUAAUUAUGUGUUAAGUUGACAAAAGAUAAACAAAUAUUGUUUUCAUAUUUUAAAUUAAAAUGCAUAGUCGUUAUCUGUUUCAAAAUUUUAGACCUCAUAUGCAGUACUAUUGUAUAAUCUGGAUUUUGCAUAGUUAAUCCAUUGGCAGUUUAGCAAAUGGGCAAAAUUGGAAGAAUGUUUUUCCCUUUACAACUUUGCCCUAUCUAAUAACAUUAAAAAACCAGUUUUGCUAUGCAGAGAAGAUUGCACGUUAAAAAAUUUCAUCAGUUUGAAGAUUUCAGGCAUCAAAUUGGAAGAAAUAAAAUUUAAUAUUCCUCUGUUAUCUGACUUUCUGUUAUGUUUUUGCUUGUGAUUCCUGAACAACUAAGAAGUGAAUUUGUAUGAUAUUGAAUAAUAUAUAUAUAGACUGACCUUUCACUUGUUAAAUUGAUGGAUUAUAAAAGAUUGAUGUUAUUGAUACACCAGUUGGAUUUCUCUAAUAAAAACCUAGAGUUCUUCAUUUAGAGGAGCACUUGGUGAGUGCAUUCCCUGUUGACUGUAUUAUAUGAAAUUUUAAAGAGCUACCUCGAUUCUAACCUGCCAGUUGCAUAUAAGUGAGAAAUAUUGUACAGUUUCCUGUAAUCUUCGUGGUACUCUAUUUUCCCAGUUAAAUGUUGUGAUGUUUACAAUAUGGUGUGAAUGAGGCUUGCUAUUUAGCUAAUGAAAUGCUAUGCUAAUACGAAAAUAAACUCAGUUAUUGUGAUUUCUACUGUUUUUUCUUUUUAUUAAUAGAAUUGUACAUUUAUAGUUAAUAUUUGAAGACGUUUGUUGCAUCAUUUGCAUUUUAGUCUACUGUUCAGUUGUUAAAUGCAGCUUUUAUAGCUAAUUGAGCUUUAUUGUAAUAUCAGUAAGUCAUUUUAUAUUGUUGUAAAUUUUAAUCUCCAACAGAAAUUGGUAAGUGUGAUUUGGAAGUCCAUAUUUUGCCAACAUUAAUUCAUGACCCACUUUCUCGAGUUGAUAAUUAUAUUAAAUCUUUGCCAGUUGUACCAGUUGAUUUGUUUUGUCUAUUAACAGUUAAGCAUAUUUAAUAGAUUCAAAGAACUAGCAAUUUUAAAGAAAUGUAGUGAUCUGAUAUUAUGAAUUCUUAAAAAUUCAUUGUAGUAUAACAAUAGCUUUUAUAUAAAUCAUUUUUAUUCAAUAUAUUUCAUUGUUUGCUAAUUUCAAUGCAAACAAGGGUGCUGACAAAAUUAUUUCAUUUCUCUUCAAAACUAUGCUUACCCUGCUAAGGGGAUACAGUGAUGCAAGUCGCGUGUUGAACUUGAAUGCAAGUUUGCAGUACAAAAGGGUAUAAAUACUAUUUUUGUAUUAACCUAUAGAAUUUAAUUAUAAGUGUAGUGGUCAGUUUUGACUUUUUGGGGAGAGUAUCUGAGCCAGAACUUGUCUGGUUUUGCAGUUGCCAACAACAGGCCAGUGCAAAAGAGGUACUACUACCUGCUGUAAAAGUUAUACUUCAAGCAUAUGAGAAAAUGGGUUAUGAAGUUGCAUGCAUAGGUUUUAACUCUGGCAGAAUAAGGUCUUCUCACUGUCUUACUUAAAGGUUUACAUAUUUUUGUUCGAAUUAUUAUUUCUUUUGAAUUAUUAAACAUGUUAGUUUCAGCUUUUAACUUGCUAUUUAAUUCAUGAUUAGUUGAUAACCUAUUAGGAAUAUUAGUAUAAUUUAAAAUCUUAGUAGUGUACAAAAACAUUUUUCUAUCCAAUUAGUUCUAAAUGUUUUUUUAAAUAAUUAAUACAGAGUAAAUAUAGUUUUAUCCUUGUACAGAAGUAUAGUAUCUAAAAUGUUGACAAUUGUAUUAUAUUUCAUGUAUACAGAUUUUCAAAUAACUAGCGCUAUUGAAUCUAAGCUUAUUUCCUUAUCACGUUAAAACAACCUACAUAAAAGUACCAUAUUUUUGUACGGUACUGUAACUGUAUCAUAAAUGGUAUCGUAAACCUAUUUGGUUUUAUUUAAACAUAAUUUGGUUCUUUCUUCUUAUUUUUUUUUUGGUAAAAAACUUUGUCUUAGUUUAUUUUUGAACUUGUAUGAUUUUCUUAUUUUAAUGGGCCAUAGUUUUCUCAAUAUAAUAUUUUUAUCUUAUAGAUUUUAAUGGCAUGAAGCUUAGUUAAAGCAAAGUUUUCAAAAAGUGUAUUUUUUAAUCAAUUUCCCAGAGCUCUUGUACCUUUCAUUUUUUUUAAAAAAUUAGAUUGAAAACAAAUUUAAGCAACAAGAUUGUGUACUAAAGCAAAUACAAGUUUUGGUAUUAAAUGAUUAAUUUGUUUUCACGUAUUGUGAGUCACAAAAAGUUAAGUGAUAGUGUUAUCCAUAAUUUUAUUGUUGUUAAAAGUUGAACAUUCUAACCUUAUACUUUGCUUUUAUGUAACUUUUUUUCAUUGUCAAUUGUGUCUUGUUAACGAAGUAAAUGCCUUGUUACCUCUUUGUGUUUAAAACUAUUCCUGCAUUUCAAGUUAAGUUUGUUUUGUAGAAUAUUUUUUAAUAAAGCUUGAAUUUAAAAGUU